AUACCCUAAACCACCACCUCAUUUUCUCCAAGCAAAAACUUAGUUUACCAAGCCAUACAAAACUUAGUUUCUUACAUCUUUCAUACUAUUGUUUAACCUAAGAAACCAAUCAACCAUGGUACUUUCAGAAGCAGUAUUUGAUGCAGAUUCUUACAUUCAAUGCACUUUCGCUUCUCGCCAUCUCCAAACUCCGCUUCCAAGGUUUAAGAUGCCCGAGAGUUCGAUACCAAAGGAGGCAGCGUACCAAAUAAUAAACGAUGAGCUGAUGUUAGAUGGGAAUCCACGGCUGAAUUUGGCAUCGUUUGUUACAACAUGGAUGGAGCCAGAGUGUAACAAGCUAAUGAUGGAGGCCAUUAACAAGAACUAUGUUGACAUGGAUGAGUAUCCUGUCACCACUGAGCUUCAGAAUAGAUGUGUGAACAUGAUAGCAAGGCUGUUCAACGCUCCACUUGAAGACUCAGAAGCAGCUGUCGGAGUAGGAACAGUAGGCUCAUCCGAGGCUAUAAUGCUAGCCGGGCUCGCUUUCAAGAGGAGAUGGCAGAACAAGCGCAAGGCUCAAGGCUUACCUUAUGAGAAGCCCAACAUCGUCACGGGCGCUAAUGUUCAAGUAUGCUGGGAAAAAUUUGCAAGGUACUUUGAAGUGGAACUGAAGGAAGUGAAGCUAAGGGAAGGAUAUUAUGUGAUGGACCCUGUUAAGGCUGUUGAAAUGGUAGAUGAGAACACCAUAUGUGUCGCUGCCAUUCUUGGCUCCACCCUUAAUGGCGAGUUUGAAGACGUCAAGCUUUUGAACGAUCUCUUGCUAGAAAAGAACAAAAACACAGGGUGGGAUACUCCUAUACAUGUGGAUGCAGCAAGUGGAGGAUUUAUUGCACCCUUCCUUUACCCAGAGCUAGAAUGGGACUUCAGGCUUCCCCUGGUGAAGAGCAUAAAUGUCAGUGGCCAUAAAUAUGGUCUUGUUUAUGCUGGCAUUGGUUGGGUCAUUUGGAGGAGCAAGGAAGACUUGCCUGAAGAGCUCAUUUUCCAUAUCAACUACCUAGGAACUGACCAGCCUACCUUCACUCUCAACUUCUCCAAAGGAUCCAGUCAAGUCAUUGCUCAGUAUUAUCAGUUGAUCCGCCUUGGCUUUGAAGGAUACCGGAAUGUGAUGGAGAACUGCCAAGAAAAUGCUAUGGUAUUGAAGACGGGCCUAAAAAAGACAGGGAGAUUCACAAUUGCGUCUAAAGAUAAUGGUGUUCCUUUAGUGGCCUUCUCUCUUAAAGACAAUACCCUACAUAACGAGUUUGAGGUUUCAGAGAUGCUAAGAAGAUUUGGGUGGAUUGUUCCAGCCUACACCAUGCCAGCUGAUGCACAGCAUGUAACAGUGCUUCGUGUUGUGGUUCGGGAAGACUUUUCCAGGACUCUCGCCGAGCGGCUUGUGCUCGACAUCACCAAGGUUCUCAAUGAGCUUGAUCACCUCCCUUCCAAGAAUAAUAAAAGUCUCGGUCAUCAUGUCAUAGGGAAGAAUGGGGUUGUCUGCGAGCCGAAGAAAAGUGAACUUGAGACACAAAGGGAGAUUACUGAUGUGUGGAAGAAGUUUGUCAUGGCCAGGAAGUCCAGCAAAGUCUGCUAACUAUUUUCUGUUUCCAGAGAAUAUUAUUAUCGUAAUUUCAUAAAUUAUCCAUGACCUUUAUGAGUUCCAAAUUUUUGUUUUGAGAACAACUAAUAAUUUUUGAGAGGCACAAUGUACCCAAUUAUAGGAGAAAUAAAUAUAUAUACUAAUUUUGUAA